AUGUUCAUCGUCUACAGUCGGAACAUGAAUCGACUGGUGAAGACUCGUUUUUCUGGCGGACUAUAUGAAAAAUUGGACAAUAUACAGGAAGCCGAUCAUGACAUAGUCAUCAUUGAUCAGCGUAGAGGUUUGUUCUGCAUCAAAGUCUGCUACAUCAAUGAGAAGCAACCGGACCCAACUGGCGAACCGAGACUGCAUCUCAUUCAGCAGAAGUGUGACAGUGCGAAGAGAGACUUUGAUCAUCUGAAGGUACUGGUGAAAGAGGCAGGGAUCCAGAAGAACCAAUUAAAAAAGUGUUUUCCCUUGUCUUUCCCUAUUGUCGCAUUCCCCAGGGUUCAUAAGAAAGAAACACCACCCCAAAAUGAUCUGGUCCUUUGUGAAACUGAGUGCCGCUCCCGAACAGAGUUCGAAACUUGGUGGAAGAAACACAUCAUAACGUUCGAAUCGAAGAAUAUCGCCCUUUAUCCAGAAACUCACCUGACCCUCUUGGCAAUAUUCGGGGCACCCCUGUUUGCUACUCCAGUCUUGGAUAAGGAGGAAACAGACUUCCCUUUUCUCACAGUACGGGAAUUGGAUAUUCUAGUCAACAAACCUACUCUCAGCAUGAUCGAAGGAGGUUCAGAAAUUGAGGAGAUGAAGUUGAUCAAGGAGAAAUCUAGGAACAUCUUAACGAAAUGAUACAUUGCUCCAGUGUAUUCCAACACGGCCUACGCAGCAAGAAUGACAACCCAGAAGCUGAAUUCCAUCGCUGAAGACAAACUGGAAGUGUUGGUGAAUGGGCCAAAAUAUGGGGUCUUCAAGGGUGUGGCUGGGACAGGCAAAACAUGGCUACUCCAGGAAAAAAUACGACAUAUCGUCAUGUCUUGGUUCUCCCAAGGACCUGAUCCAGAGAAGGACGAGAAGAUCCUUUUCAUCUGUGGCACUCCCCUUUUGGCCUCACGCUUGCGUGAUAUCCUACCCGAUGUCCUCCUAAAAUCCGCCAUGGAUGUUCUUUCCAAGUGGAUCGGCAAGACAGAUGUAAAAAACAAGAAGCGAAGGCAUUCCAUACUAAAGGACAUGGAUGUGAUUUUCAAGACCCAGAAGCCCCAAUUCGACCACAUCUUCGUAGACGAAGCGGAAGACUUGUGCCUAUAUUACAAUGAUCUCUGGUGGACCUCACUCCAUUCCCUUCGUAACGGAGGCGGAGGAUACUUCUGGCAGGCAUAUGACCCACUUUACUUAACAAACACUCCGGAUUCCCUGAAAAAGGAAGUAGAAGGUGCUCAUUCGUUACUCACUGUCUAUCGGAACCCAGGAUCUGUCUUUCGUGCUUGGGCUACAGGAAAUUUCUCAUUAAUGAGAGAUUGCGACUUAAUAAAUUCUGGCAUCGGCGACCCAUGGUAUAACAGAGAAGAAAUCCGAUUGGGGCACGAUAUACAGGGCCCCAAGGUAGAAAAAUUUCGCGCCACCAGUUCCUGUCUCUCCAAGAAGAUUCAAUGCAUCCUAAGAGAUGAAUUUGGGCGUGGGACAUAUGUUGGGGACAUCGUCGUUCUUUUCGCAGAUCAUGGAGAUUUCUAUGUACACGGGGAACGAUUACGGAGGGAAAUGCAAGAUGAAGCAGGGAAAUCUUACACUGGCUCGGUCGCUGUUGAACUUGCUGGAUCCUUCAAAGGAAGAGAGGCAGCCAUUGUCUUCUUGAUCGUCAACGGGAAAGCGAGAAGAAGAAACGAAUUCUACCUAGGAGCAUCGAGAUGCGCGUACUACCUCAUUAUUUUUGAAAUGGAGGCCAGCAAAGAAGACGACAAAGCCGGAGAAAAGAAACUCCUUGAAAUCAUCUCUAAACUCUUGCCGGGGGAUGCACCCAGGGAAAGCCAGGUUGCACUUGAAAAUGAAUGGCGACGCUCAUAUCUCAUGGAAAGCCUCGACGAACAAUGA